CUCUUCUGUGGGCCAUAUAGGUUGGUGAAGUUUUUGUCCCUUCAACUUUAAAAUCAACUUCUCUUGCUGUAAUCUACAAUUUACUUCUUUGUACAGAUUCUGAGACAUCCUACUGCUUACUAUUUAAAGAUUCAAACAUUCUCUAAGCCGAGAACACUUGCUAUAAUAACGGUAGCUAGGCCUUCAAAUUUAGAAUAUAUUUCAUUUCCUGAAUCUCCCAUGAAAUGAAGAUCAGUUUCUUAUUAUGGCAUGCAUGCUUUCUACUGUAUCUAGGUGAUACCCUACAAGCUUUGUCAUAUGACUAUUCAGCAACUACAGAGUGUUUGGAGGAAGCCUGGAAGGUUCAAUAUGGUGGAGGAAUCAUACAAAAUCCAGAGUUCAGUAAUGGUAUCGAAGGAUGGACUGUGUUUGGUCAGGGGAAGCUUGAAGAAAGAAUAACAAAAGAUGGGAACAAGUUCAUCGCGGCUCUGAACAGAACUCAGCCAUCUGAUAGCCUUUCUCAGAGAGUUCAGCUACAAAAAGGAAAAAUUUAUGCCUUUUCAGCAUGGAUUCAAAUAAGCCAAGGCAGUGAAAUUAUAUCGGUAAAAUUUAGAAGUCCUGGUGGAAAUUACCUCCAUGGAGGUACAGUGAUAGCAGAGCAAGGAUGCUGGAGCAUGUUGAAAGGUGGGAUAGUUGCAGCUUUUUCAGGUCCAGUUGAUUUAACUUUUGAGACUAAGAAUACAGUGGAUGAAAUCUGGGUAGAUAAUGUCUCUUUACAACCUUUUACCAAGAAGCAAUGGAAAUCACAGCAAGAAAAGACCAUUGCAAAGGUGAGGAAGAGUAAGGUGAAAUUACAUGUGACAAAUAAAGAUAACACUUCAGUAGCAGGAGCAAAGAUUACUCUGAAGCAAAUAAAAUCAGGUUUCCCUACAGGAUGUGAAAUAAACCAGAAAAUCCUAAACAGCAAGAUAUAUCAAGAUUGGUUUGCCUCGAGAUUUUCAGUCACUGCUUUUGGGAACGAAAUGAAAUGGUACUUCACAGAAAAAACACGAGGGCAGGAAGACUAUACCAUACCUGAUGCCAUGCUACAAUUUUGUGAGCAGAACAACAUUGAUGUUCGAGGUCACAACAUCAUUUGGGAUGAUCCAAGAUACCAACCCACUUGGAUAAACAAUGAAACUAGCCCACAAGAGUUGAAAGAUGCAGCUGAAAACAGGACGAAAUCUGUUGUAUUAAGGUACAAAGGGAGAUUGAUCCAUUGGGAUGUUGUGAAUGAGAACUUGCAUUUUAGCUUCUAUGAGAAUAAGCUUGGAGAAAAUGCUUCAGCAGAGGUUUAUGCUAGAACAUAUGAGCUUGAUCAAAAACCGAUUUUGUUCAUGAACGAGUAUAACACGAUAGAGCUUAGCCAAGACGAAAAUUCAAUACCAGCAAAAUAUGCUAGAAAGCUGAAGAACACUCAAUCAUAUUAUAGAGAAAGGAGUGGUACUAAUGAUAUAUUGCCUAUGGGAAUAGGGGUGCAGUCAAGGUUCGGCACCGGUCAGCCCAACAUUGCUUACAUGAGAGCAGGAAUGGACUACUUAGCUUCAAUGAAAUUCCCUCUAUGGCUUACUGAACUCUUUGUUGACAAAGGGGAAAAUCAGGCAGAGUAUCUGGAGGAUGUUUUAAGGGAGGGAUAUUCACAUCCUGCUGUUGAAGGGAUUGUGAUAUGGCCAACUUCACCAUUCAGCAGCGAAUGCAAGAUGUGCUUGACUGAUCAAAACUUCAACAACACACCCAACGGAGAUGUCGUUGAUAAGCUUAUCGCGGAGUUUUCAAGCUCGAGACCAUUGGAGAUUUCUGCCAAUGGCCAAGGAAUUUCUGAAGUUGUGUUGCUUCAUGGGGAUUAUGAAGUUACUGUAAGGCAUCUUGAAACAAAUUCUAACACAAAGUUGAAGCUGAAGGUGACUAAAAAUUCAGCAAACUUUGUACUUGUUCAACUUGAUGCAUUUGUUCCCCAUGUAUCUAUGUAAAUGGGAUUGCUGUUAGCUUUCCGUAAUUAUAAUUUAUCUUGCAUUUCAUUAUCACCAUUUUACGUCGAGUUUAUAGAAGUGUCUUACAAGUUACCAGUGUCAGUGUGCGUAAUGGACUAUUGUAGUAAUGUGUGUUUGCUUGGUAAAGUCUCAAGGUGGUACUUAAGACAUGAGAUCGAUUACCUUCUACAUCA